UUUACCAUUAUAUGGCAUGAUUUUCAAAGUGAUCAGUUAUUCCAGAUCCUCAAUUAUGUAAGGCUGUAAUAGUAAAAGCUUUGAAAAGCAUGCCACAUAAUAAGCAUGCCACGUAGGAUCUUGGGGCUUGCCAGUGUGCACUGAUCUGCAGGACUUUAGUAAAAUGUGUGAUCAGUAGAAGGUAAAGACCAACUGUCUUGCUUCAGAAUUCAAAGCUUCUGUAAAGCUCGUUUGUUUCUCCUCUCAGAGAGCCUGAAGGUGAGCUCACAAACCCUUGCUCCUCUGAGUAUCACUGGGUGGUAAACUUCCUCAUGGAACCCCUGUGUUCGUGUGCCGAGAGAAUCUUAACACCUGGUAGAGAAGUGGAUUAGAUAGAGCCGAUCGCCCCCAGGAAUGGAGCAGAUGCUAGAGUCCAGGGCCCAGUGUGAGCAGAGCAGCUUCCAGCCGUUGCCAGGUAGAAGUCCCACUAAAUCAUCUAGCUUCCCCGCCUGUAGUUAAAACUCAGUGGCACAGAAUGGAGACAUAGCAAUAUUUGGGAACCCAAGCAUACAUGGACUUGAGCCAGGUAAGUCUGUCAGUGGGACCUUGAACGAAGGGAUAGAGUUUAGAGGCUCGGGAUAAGGAGACUGGAAAUGGCAAAAGUGGCUAUCAAACUCCUAAGAUGGUCAUCUGUGGCAGACAGGGCCCCUGGGGAAACUAGGCUUUGGGCUGAGAACUAAACAGGGCUUCACAGAGACAUGAAGAGAGCUUAACAAUUAACAUAAAGGGGCGUAUAUUAGUGUUAGUAAGUGAAACAUUCUGCUAGGCAGUGGUGGCACUCUUUAGUCCCAGCACUCUGGAGGCAGAGGCAGGUAGACCUCUGAGUUCAAGGCCAGCCUGGUCUACAGCCAAGGCUACACAGAGAAACCCUGUCUCGAAAAACAAAAUAACAACAGAACCAUUCUAUGGAGAAUGAACAAAACCAAGUAUUUUAGCUAUCUUUAUACUGUAAAUAUUUUAAUAAGAUGGUUGAUAAUUUUUUUAGUUUUGUGUUUUAUCUUUCAAACUUAUUAAUGAAGCUUUUUUAAUUAUAGGUGCUUUUUAGUAUCUAGUUAUAUUUUGAAAUUUUCAUACAUGUACUCAAUGUAUCAUAUCCACCUAUCAUCUCCAAUUCCAUUUCACCUCACCCCAGGACUUUGAAUCAUGCCUCCCUCCUACUUCAUGUCCUCCUUUUAGAAUUGUUAUUCUAACCCAUUGAGUCCAAUUACUGUGAAGCUAUUUUUAGUAGCUAGAAAAAGGAAAAGUAAUUUUUCUGAACCACACUCCAUUUAAACAAAUUUUACCAUUUUUUGACGUACCUAUAUUAUAAUCAGUUAAAUUUUUUUCUGUGUCUUACUUGUAUCUUACACUAAUAAGCAUAUACUCUUCAAAGGAUUUGGAAUUUUGCUUUUCUUCCCAUAAACAAUGAAUUGUAAUCAGUACAGGGCACAUGUGCUUAUGGGAUUCCUAGGACAGAACAUGUGAGGACAGUUCCUGGAAUGCCCAGCAGUUAGUCCCCAAACCUGUCUGGUCUGAACAGCAUGCACCUGAGUCCCCUGUCUUCACGGUGCCUCGUCAGGGCCACUUGCUGGGAUGUGGAAGUAGUGUGGCUGUCAGAUGGCUAUACUGGGCAUCACAGUGCCUGCCCCUCUGCCAAAGCAUACAAAGCAUUUAACUGAUCUGGGGGUAUUUCUGAUCUUGCCCUACAACCCAUUGGAAUUUCCAGAGCUCACAGCAUAUUUCCCCUGGUUGCUUUGAUUCCUGAAAUUCUACUACAGUUCUUCUCAACAAAUAUUUAUCAGCUGGAGCCAGGUGUGGUGGCACACAUCUUUUAUCCCAGCUCUCAGGAAGAAAAGACAGGUGGACGCAUCUCUGUGAAUUCAAGGCCAGCCUGGUCUACAAAUCAAGUUCCAGGACAGCCAGGGCUGUUACAGAGAAAUCCUGUCUCAAUAGACAGAUAGGUGGGUGGGUGGAUGGAUGGAUAGAUGGAUGAUAGAUAGAUAGAUAGAUAGAUAGAUAGAUAGAUAGAUAGAUAGAUAGAUGGAUGAAUGAUACAGAUAGUAGAUAGCUUUAUUUAUUUAUUUAUUUAUUUGUUUGUUUGUUUAUUUAUUUAUUUAUUUAUUUAUUUGGCUAUUGCCAGAUGGCAGGGUGCUGGGGGUUACAAAGAUAGCUAUUAACCUCUGGGGUAAAGGAUUCAGUCUCGGAGAGAUGAGUUUCAAUCGGAUUGAUCAAGGAAUACAGCUAUCAUGUCUUUUGAUGCUGCCAAAAACUAAUCCUGUUUAUCUCAGUGAUGUGAGAGUAAAGAGAAGUCUUGUUUCUAGGCGUGACUUUAUCAUUGACAGCCACCCAGUGUAACACAGGGUGGACAGGCUGCUGGCAAAUGUAGAGUCUUCCCUGAGGCCUGGACUCUGUGUCCAUGUAUGUUUCUGCUGCUUGAGCAUCAGCUUGCAGCUUGGGCAGCCUGUAUACCUCUUUAUGCUACACAGUAGACACUACUUUAAGAUAGCCCAGAACUGAUUUCCCACAUGGACUUUUGUAACGGAAUAAGAUUCUCCUUAGCACUUUUCUUACGUUCCGUUUGAUGUCUACCUUUUCCUGAGCUUAUCCACGGAUGCUGUGUGAGUUCAGAUAGUGAAACCUGGAAUUCCACCUCUGUGAUUUGAAUUGUGUUAGGGAAUUAUUCCAGCAGGCAUCCUCAGUGUUUGAAGGCGUCAAUGUGUUAUGGUAGUUGAUGUCCUUGAUUCCCUAGCAACUCACACAGUUAGUAGUAAUAAGAAUUAGCUCAGCACAAGUUGAGAACGUGACCUGUGGACUUCCUCCUUUCUCGUGUAGCUGCAUGGCAAAUACAGAGAUGUUUUGUGCAUUUUUAAAGGCCCAGAAAAGCCUCUAAAAAUGGUUAAUAGUGUUGAUUAAACACUCUUACUCUGCACUGUUCUAAUUGCUGUUAUCUGUACCCCCUGCUCACCAUUAUCACUUCCCCUUUCACAACUCCUCUUUGGUUUCCUGUUUGCAAGUAUUGAUUUUCCUACACAAAUAGAGUAAUGUCUGGUAUUCUCUGUGUGUCUUGGUUUUCAUUUUCACAAUGAUGUACGAUCAUACCGGUUUUUCCACAUACAUAAGACAUAAAUGCUGACUCCUGGGUUACAUCAUUUAUCCUCUUUAUUGCACUGGCCUUUCUGCACCAUAGUAAAAAUAACCAAGGGAAGGAUUGUGAAUUGGAAAAUCAUGUUUGUUUGCCUUGCCUGUGCUCCGGGUGGCUGGUAUUCUAUGUGGGCCCUCUAGAGCAUGUGUGACAGGAAAGCAGGCAUUGAAGAUGAGCAGUAGAGUUUCUGCGAACUUUGAAAUCUGUGGACAUUUCCCUACCUGUCCUUAAAAAACAAAAAGAUGAGCUAUUUCCUUCACUUCUUUAAGUUUUUGCUUUAUAUUAAAUAUAAGAUGCUUCUAGAUAUAAUUAGGGCUAAUUUUGUGAUAAAGUUGGAAAGGAUUACCCUAGAACUCCAUUUUAACAAAUUACUCAAAACAAGCGGAAGAAAGCAAAUUAAGAAAAUUUUCAAAAGGCAUCCUUAAUUUUCCUGGUGAAUUAGCUGUCAUCCAAUGUCGGAAAAUAAGUACUGUGGCCUUCCUAAAGUCUCAGUACUGAGUUCUUGAGGACCCAACUCUCAGGUGAGUUAACUGCACGUCCUAGCCGUGCUUCGUGCUUCGCAGUGGGCUUUCUGCUCCUCUGUUCUGUAGAUAUCACUAACUCCACCCAAGUGUCUCACCACCUUCUCUGCUUUGGGCCAGCUAGCACAGGUACCAGGCAUGUUUUCACUGUAAGAAUUUUUAUUAAGAGUGGGGCUGGAUUGAUGCUGUCUACUCAUGCCAGUUAUUUCUGUAAGAAUACCACCGGUUAGCGCACGCUGGCAAAGUGAAUAUUUUGAAUUGCUAAAUGAUUAUAAGUGUUAGUGUUUAUCUUGGACUAGAAUAUGUAUGUGUUGUUGUCUGCCAGCUAUGAUGAUGAGCAAGCUUAGAGGUCAUUAUAUUAGUGGUAAGCACUUACUCUGUUUUAAUCUUUCUUGUUCAUUCAACAGUUACUUUACUGUCAUUUAUGGGAAACAGCAGUGAAUAAAACUGGCCUGACCCUGCCCUGAGCUGCCUACAGUUGAUUGUUCAUUCUCUGAAGGUCUUUUUCUGUUUGAUUUUUGCAUUUGUUUUCUCUUUUUAAUUUUCAGUUUUUGACAGUCUGAUAUAUGCAUAGAAUGUAUUUUGAUAAUACUCACGUCAUUAUCCUUUCUUAAGUUUUUGUAAUUACAAGAUAGUUUUGGUGUUUUAAUUAUCAAGGGACUCUGUAGACUGAGAGCUGACUGACAAGAAUUUCCAAGUUAGGGUCAAUGAUGUUUUAAAUCAAGUGUUCCAAACAUGGUGGUAUGCCUCCUUCAGAGUUUCUUGAGCUGCGUGUUCUAGUUCAUUUCCUUCAUAUUAUUCAAGUUUCUACUAGUGUUUCAUAUAUAUAUAAAGCAUUAUCACUGCUAAGUUUCCAUCUGUGAUCUACCCUAUUGGAAAAUGUUUUAAGUACAUGUUGAUAUUUUUCUGAAUUAUGAACUAAUGGUUUGUUAUGAUUAGUAUAAGGGAGAGCAAAGCUUUGGUGACUGAUAGCAUUUGCUCUUAGCAAAAUCUGUUUGAGUUUUAGAAAUGAAAAAAAUUAUUAAUGCAGGUAAGUAUUCAUAAUUCUCAACUGUUAACAGAGCAGCUCUCAGAACCAUGGGACUUAAAAUUUAAAAAAAAAAAAACUGUUUCAGUGUAGACCUGUGUCCUUUGACUGACAUCUCAUAGAAAUUGCUAAAUUGCUUUCAGUAGACCCUCUGAUGUGCUGUUUGUUUACUUGUUGUUUUCCUUCACAAGCCAUCAUUUCCUAAGAAUGAAAUAAAGCUUAAGAAGAUUGGCCAAAAUGGAAAGGGCUGGAUUCUGCUCUCUUCCACGAAGAGUUAAUGGGACUGGCUAAGAUCAAAAUCUGAGGCUUUUUCCAUCCUUAAUCAGUCCCUUUUUGCUUUCUUUUACGACCACAUGAAACUUGAGAAGCCACCUAAAGCUAUAUCACUUAGUGGAGUUGGGCAGUUCCCAGGUGUCCAACAAGAAGGCCUGGUUUAGGCUGCGAUGGCCACUGUCAUUCCUGGUGAUUUGUCAGAAGUAAGAGAUACCCAGAAAGCCCCUUCAGGGAAACGUAAGCGUGGUGAAACCAAACCAAGAAAAAACUUCCCUUGCCAACUGUGUGACAAGGCCUUUAACAGUGUUGAGAAAUUAAAGGUUCACUCCUACUCUCACACAGGAGAGAGGCCCUACAAGUGCACACAACAAGACUGCACCAAGGCCUUUGUUUCUAAGUACAAAUUACAAAGGCACAUGGCUACUCACUCUCCUGAGAAAACCCACAAGUGUAAUUAUUGUGAGAAAAUGUUUCACCGGAAAGACCAUCUGAAGAAUCACCUCCAUACCCAUGACCCCAACAAAGAGACCUUUAAAUGCGAAGAGUGUGGCAAGAGCUACAACACCAAGCUUGGGUUUAAGCGACAUUUGGCCUUGCACGCUGCAACCAGUGGCGACCUCACCUGCAAGGUGUGUUUGCAGACUUUUGAAAGCACAGGUGUGCUCCUGGAGCACCUGAAAUCUCAUGCAGGCAAGUCGUCCGGGGGUGUGAAAGAGAAAAGGCACCAGUGCGAGCACUGUGAGCGCAGGUUCUACACCCGGAAGGAUGUCCGGAGACACAUGGUGGUGCACACGGGAAGAAAGGACUUCCUCUGUCAGUACUGUGCACAGAGAUUUGGACGAAAGGAUCACCUCACUCGACAUAUGAAGAAGAGUCACAAUCAAGAGCUUCUGAAGGUCAAAACUGAACCAGUAGAUUUUCUGGACCCAUUUACCUGCAACAUGUCUGUGCCUAUAAAAGAUGAACUCCUGCCGGUCAUGUCGUUACCUUCCAGUGAACUCUUGUCAAAGCCAUUCACAAACACUCUGCAGUUAAACCUCUACAACACUCCAUUUCAGUCCAUGCAGAGCUCUGGGCCUGCUCACCAAAUGAUAACAACGUUACCUUUGGGGAUGACGUGCCCCAUAGAUAUGGAUGCAGUUCACCCCUCUCACCAUCUUGCUCUCAAAUGCCCCUUCAGUUCUACCUCAUACGCAAUCUCUAUUCCUGAAAAAGAACAGCCGUUAAAGGGGGAAAUUGAGAGUUACCUGAUGGAACUACAAGGUGGCGCGCCUUCUUCAUCCCAGGGUUCCCAAGCAUCAUCAUCUAAGUUAGGGCUAGAUCCUCAGAGUGGGUCUCCAGAUGAUGGUGCAGGCGACCUUUCCCUGUCCAAGAGCUCCAUUUCUAUCAGUGACCCCCUCAACACACCAGCAUUGGAUUUUUCUCAGUUGUUCAAUUUCAUACCAUUAAAUGGUCCUCCUUAUAAUCCUCUGUCAGUGGGAAGCCUUGGGAUGAGCUAUUCCCAAGAUGAGGCUCACCCUUCUGUUUCUCAGCUGCCCACACAAACCCAGGAUCUUCAGGAUCCUGCGAGUGCUGUGGGUCUUGGUUCUCUGCACUCGCUGUCAGCAGCUUUCACCAGCAGCCUGAGCACAAGCACCACCCUGCCCCGUUUCCACCAGGCAUUUCAGUAGGGUCUGGGUCGAGGCUUUCAUCUGGAGGUGCUUGCGUAGCCCCACCCGCGGUGACCGUUUCUAUUUUAGUGCCUACUUCUAAGACAGCACAAAAACUUUUGCUUUUGUAUAAUAUCAGGUUUUAUGAAGCCAGUAAGUAAUAGGAACUAGCCUCUUUGAUAAGCUUUGAAACCAUGUUUAAUUACGUUGGCUGUCUCUCCUGAUUUACUGCCAGUUGUCAUAGUCUCGGAGUUUUAUUUCAUUAUAAGAGCGCCAUUAUUAUCACUAAAUUUUACAAGUCCUGUGUUCAAAUUACUGUUAGACCUUUACAUUUUCAUUUUGUCUAAUAGCAAUGGGCAUUGGACAUCUGGUUGAUUUUUUUUUUAAUUUUGCAAAUAUGCAGUACAAUGUAAAUCUUAAGAAAUGUGUGUGAAUAACUGAAGUGUUUUACAUUUUUACUAGCCACUAAAUGGAUUCAUGAUCAAGUGUGUUUUAAAUGAGUUAAGAAUCCAGUUUGGGGAGAUGAUAGUGUUUUCUUAAGUAUACCAUCAUUUCAGAUCAAUAUAUUUUUAAGACUGCUAUUGUCUGGCGAAAAUAUAAGCAUAUGACAAAAAAAAAAAAAACUUUCAAUAUCUGUAUCUAAAAGAAACCUGAAGAGGUCACAGAGUGUUCUGUGUUAGCACUGCCCCUUAAACUGUUCGGCCGCAUUUCACCCAUCUUUACAUUAACAGUGCCUGGCAUCAGAGGCUUCAGGAUCAGUUCUGUUCUGUUUUAUGUCCUUCGCCUUUCACAGCCAGGAUGGCUUCAAUAUAGCAGCGUUCUUACUUUGCAUGUUGGUUAGUCCAGAGUCUUAGGGCCAGUGAGGGACAAUAGGCAGUCAGGAUGUGAAACCCAGAGUGGGCUGCCUCAGUCUUCGAGGUAACAGACUCCUCAACAGGAAGAUGGAUGUAAAACAUACAGCCCAACCUCAGCACUUGUCUAGAGAAUUUCCUCUGCUGCCAGGAAUGAAAACUGGACUCUUUUGGGGCAAAGUAAAAGCCUGUCACAUCACUCCCAGAACUGCAGUCUUGCCCCUGUGCUGGCUUGCUCAUGCCUAUCCAUCUUCCCCUGCUGUGUUUGGAUGGAGAACUUAAAAUCAAACACGUUAAAAAGCUGCUUGAGGAGUUUCCACAGUUUUGCACACCAAAACCAAUAAAAGCCCACUUUUCCGCAUCUCUGGGAAAUGGGAGGAAUCUUACAAAUAAGUUGAAUUUGUAGAGGAAACAAAGGAAAAUAAAGCAAACACCAAAUGAAUAUGAAAACACCAAGGACGGGGUGCUCACUGAGCAAGGUAGCGAUGGCUUCCUCUUGUUAGACAGCCACUAGUAAUCUCAUCAAAGGUUCCAUGUAUAUUUUCCUAAGCGUUCUUUGUGGCAGCAGCCUUUGAGACUUAUUAAGCACUUGUUAACACCUUAUUUUGGGACCCUUCUUUUGGGGCAGGGGUAAAGGGAGAUUUAUAAAAGAGUAUGUAUCUCUUUAAAAAAAAAAAUGAAAAAAAAAAUAUUUUUGAAUUUCUGAGCACUCAUUUGCCCUGUAUGGGGAAGCUCAUUCCCUUUUGUAGGGGCAGCUAUCACUGCGUAUUGCAUUUGUUUACCAGUAAUUCUAAACAUAAUUACAGAUUGCUGAAUAUAAUACCUUAUUUAAAAUACCUGGGAGUAGUAUAAAUUGAGGAGAAGUGUAAUUGUCACGUGGCUGGGGCUUUCACCAUAUGAUACACACCUGGCGCACUUCAUAGAAUCAGAGCUGCUCUCGAGAGGGCUCUGGCUCUUAGUUUUAACCCCGGAGCAGUAGUUUUUAUACUUAUGUAUUUAAAUUUUAUUAUGAAAAAUUACAUUUUAUUAAAAAAAAAGUGUUCCAAAGGCAUUAAAAUUAUAUAUGUUAGUACGGAAAUACUUGUUUAACUCUUCAAGCGGCUCCUGAGCUGUGGCUGGGGCCACACUCACUCUGAAAGUGGGCUCUUUGCCUCACGGCUGCUUCCUUAGUUUCUAUGAAACAGAUCACUUCCCUAAAGUUCUAGUUAAAUGAUUAGUGUUCGAUAUUGCUUUAAUCACCAUUUAAAAAGAAGAAGACAUUUGGUGACAGAGCACAAGUAAAUAGAAAACCUAUUUUUAUGUAGAGGUCACAAAUACCACAUAUGAAAGCACUAGUUUUAUCUGACAUUUGCUUAAGAAGAAGUCACAUUAAUGACCUGAGACGUUGGCCUUCAUAGGCUGUAUUUCACUGCUAAUUGAAAAAAGGGAGUACCAGAAUAUAUGAAAUAAAGCAUUUUGAAAUGGGAAUGGCGCCAUAUAUGUGUGUGUACAUAUAUAUAUAUAUAUAUAUAUAAAUAUAUUUUUACCCUAAUUCUUGCCCUGCACAGAGCUCUAAUACACAUCUUCCAGGCACCAGUGUUAAAAUGUAGAGUCUUAAUUUUCCUUGCAUGCACACCCCUUUGCCUGCUGCUGCCCCCACAGACUUGAAUAACACUUCAGAGUAAGAGGGGAUUCAGCAAAUUUAUUUUUGGUUUUGAUUUUUGGGGAUUUUUUGUUUUGUUUUUUUGUUUUUUGUUGAUUUUUUUUUUUUGACUGCAGUGGUCACUAAACCCUUUUUUGAUAGAUUUUUCUAUUAAAGAUCAGGCAGCUUUUUUAAUUGCACAAUAUUUUAACCAGGAUGUAACACAGAAUUGGCCCCUCCCCCAACCAGAAAAAAAUUGUCACUUGCUUUUAUUUGAAGUAGGAAUGACUAGAGAUAGGUCUUGCCAAUGCUGUUUUCAUUCUCCAGUGGCCAGACUUGUGGUCCUCGGAGUUUCUGAUAGUGCCUUAGCUUGGCUGAAAGGAAAGGGGUUAACAUUAAAAUAGUUUAGUGUAGAGUUUGGACCACAGACAAGAUACUGAGCCUCAUUCAGCUUGACUUCCACAUGUGUGUGCACACCAUGUCAGCAGCCGCAUGAGCGUGGAAGGGCUGAGGCACUGUAAGCAAUAUAAUCCAUUGAUAUUUACCACCUUUGUAGUUAUUGGUCACUGUUAAGCUUUCAUAUAAAAUCCUAUUACCUAGUUCAGUUUUCUAAAACUUAAGUUGUCUUGGAGGAUCAUGCACCAUUCUGUAUGCAACUUUUUAAAAUUUCAGUCAGAGUUUCUUUCAAGUUGUGUGUUUUUUUGCCUAUUUGUUGCUUGUGCUUUAUUUUUCUAGUCAUUUCUGGAAUAUAGUGAUAUAUUGUGUUAAUUUGGACAGUGACGGUUUUUUAAAACCAUAUACUGACUGAAACAUGAGCCAGAGCGGAUUGCUUUAUUAAGCUAAUAAUGAAUGUUAUAGAGUACAUAUUUCAGGAUCGUUCAUCUAGUGAGCAGUACACAUAUAGACCAACGUAAAAAAUAGAGCUUGGUCAACCUCUAUACUUCACAUACUACAAGAGAUAGCACUUUCAAAAUGAACUUAAACUUUUACAGAAACUUUCUUAUAGGUUAUGCCUUUUAUUUUAAGACUUAUUAUAUUCAUUUCAAGUGCCAUUAGAUGAUAUAUAUGUAGGUCUUUGAUAUAUAAUGCUUUGUGUACAAAAAUUGGUAGAUGGUAUUUUAAACAGGUACAUUUUUACAGUGUUUUCUUAUCGACUUGCUAUAUUGCACAGAUCAGAGUGUGUCUUUUCAUAAGGUUUUACAAUGGUUUUAUUUUUUUACAAGGUUUACGUAUCUCAAAGCACACUGUCUUCCCAGUCCAUAAGUAAGUUAAAAGAUAACAGUUCACCCAAGUUGCUUCUAGCCUACUGAGAUCCAUGUGACAUUGGAGGAGAUCUUUUCAAUGUUGAGUAUUUGCCCUUAGUGAAGGCAAACUGGUUUUUCUGACAAACGAGUCAUUGGUGAUUUUGUCUUGUUUUAUUCAUGCUGUCAGCAGCCAGGUCUACAACACACUAUAUCUAGAUUAUGUAGGCCUACAUAAAUAUGUGAGCUGUGUUAUACUCACAGAGAACCCCUUUAAAAUUAUGCAGGAUAAUGAUACCAGCCUUAGUAGCAGACACAGAUCACCAAUAAGCCUUUCUACAAUGUUAGCAGCCCCUGGGAAUGGAAGGCAGUGUCUUUUAAUAAGUUACCUAGCUCUAAAGAUGACUCAAGAGUUAUUACUGAUGUAUAAGACACUUCAUUGUAUAAGCUUCAGUGGUACAGACAAACCAGAAUGAAUGUCUAACUUCUCAGAAACCCUCCUUCAACCAUAUAUGGGAUCAUGCUGCUACUGUCACUUGGGAUACAACUCUCCAUGGUGCUACAAACUUCUGUCUCAUUCAGUUGUAUUUUUGUAUCCAUAGGAAAAGGACUACAGAGGUGUAAAGGUGUACAAUAUAUUUUUAUACUGUGACUUACUGUGUCAUUAACAAACUUUUACACCACCACAGUGUAUUCAUGUACGCUUGCUAAAGGAGAUCUUGGAUGUGCAAAUGUUACCAGAACAAACCCAGCUUUUGUCCACAAGGUGACUGUAACACAGAAUGGAAAAUGGGCUUGACAUGGGGUGUGGAGUGAAGAACAUGCUAGAAGUUACUAACAGCCCUUUGCGUUUAACAAAAACUGGGAAUCCAUUAGAGAAAUGGAUUGCAUCAAGCCUGAACAUAAGCUGACUGCUGAAGUUUUAUUUUUCUUUGUUUUUUUUUUUGUUUUUUUGUUUUUUUUGUUUUUUUUCUAGCUAAUGAAAAAGUGUUUGGACUAGUACUCUAAAGAUGUUCUAACGGUAAAGUUUUGAGUCAAAUAGAAAUGAAAAAAAAAAUCUGCAUUCCAGACUGAAUUUUGUAUAUUUUUAUUGCAUUUUUAAUUGCUAUUCUGUGAUAUUGGGAAAUCAAGUGGCUUAUCAUGUAUAUCAUGUACUUAAAAUGUAUUCACAAACUACUGUUGUAUUUGUAUAAAAUAUAGACAA